GAAGUGAGCUACUACCCAUUGUUCUCACAGCCUUCGUCAUCACUGUCUGUUCAUGCCCUGUAGCUAGCACCGACGUGCCCGCUUCAUAUGUAUGCAUUUAAGGAGCCUCUCAGAGUCGCAAAAGAGCAUACCUCAUUCAUUGCGACCAACCUUCGCUUACCCUCACUCAUCCUCCAUUCCCUUGCACGCGCUUACAAACCCAGACGCAGCCAUGUCCACUGCUAACAGCCUGUACAUCACCCUCAACCACCUCCGCUUCGAAGCCGGAGUAAACAAAUAUCACUGGGGUCUGUUCGCUACUGGUAGCGCACCCCCGGCGGGCACUCUGUACCAUGCCACCGAUACGCAACGCGAGGCCUUGGAUCUCCGCUUGGAGGUGCACCCGGUCAAGAACCCCCAGGCAUCCAAGACUAUGGUUGUGGCCUUGAAGAUCGCCGAUUCCCCCGGCCCGAAUAUCCUUAAACACUUCACCUCAACUAACGUUGUGCACCUCAUGCACCCCGGCUCCCUCCCAGUGGGAGAGGAAUUCUGGACGUGCCGUGUUUGGGUGAAGGAGGUCCUCCAGAAGCUAAAUGAGAGCGGGCACAUCCGGCUCCCGACAGACAUUGACACAAUUCAGAGGCGGUGCCAGUUCACGGCUGACCAUAACUUCCAGUACAAGGGCCACGCAAAGAUAUACAACAACCUGAGCUGGAUAUCCGGGAGUGGUGCUGUUGGCACAGCUGGCGGGUCUAGCUCACGCCACAGGACCACAAUGAUGGACAUUGACACCACCGGGCGGCACCCCUACCAUGGCACUAAGCCUAUGCUCAUCGACUCUACCGGACAGCAUCCCUACCAUGGCACUAAGCCUAUGCUCAUCGACUCUACCGGACGGCACCCCUACCAUGGCACUCAGCCUAUGGACACCGGGAAGCGCCGCCGCCAUUAUGGCUAGUAGUAGUCUCCUGUUUUACACGUCUCUUGGGCACCGGCGUUCAAUUUACUGCCAGUUUGGUUGUGUGUCACUAGUUGCAGACAUGACAAAGUCGCUUUGCAAUCUGUCACCUCAGAUACGGCCUCGGUUCCUGACAUGUCGGUCACAAAUUUAAGAUGACUAUUGACUCAGAAUUUCCGAUGUGCGCCACACAGCUAUACAC